CUCGCUUCCGUCUGCUCCUCGAUCUAUCCAUCUCCAAUUGUCGCUCGACCCCCGCCGCCAUGGAGCAGUCCAGGUGGCCGGACCUCCUUCCCGACGUGCUCCGUGACAUCUCCGGCCGCCUUUGCGACGCCGUCGACUUCCUCGGUUUCCGGGCCGUCUGCAGGCCGUGGCGGGACUCAUCGAAGCCGAUCCACUCCUUCCCACCGUGGCUCCUCGCCACGCCCGAGAAUGACUCGGUCCCGCUAAGGUUCAGGUGCGUCUUCUCCAAGUCUAGCUACCGCGCGUCGCUGCCGACGUCCGGAGGCGGGAGGAGGAUCUGGCUGCCUACUCCCGAUGCAGCCGCCAUCCGGUACAUCACCAUCGAACGCCUCCACCCUAGACUACAUGAUCCUCUCUCGCACUGGAGCAAUCACCCGCCUGCCUCUCUUCCCGCCCACAUACUGUGUGGACGGCCAAUGGGAGGAAAAGAUCCUCCAAGGCGCUGUCUACUGCGAUGGCAGCACUUUUCUAUACGGUUUUUCUGUCGUUGAUGAUGGCCUAACAACCAGGUUCAGGGCGGCACUCCUCCUUCCCGGCGAAGCAGACUGGACGCUCGUGGAGAGGAAUCUAGAGAAUCCCUGUAUGCGGGGAGAGUAGUACCCCUCGCGCGAUGGCGGCAGGAUCCUCGACACUCAUGAUGGAUAUAUCCGGGUCAAUGUUGAGGGAGAGUAUUGUGCCGCGUACCAUGGCAGCAGGAUCCUGGUUACUGUUGGGCCUAGCCUAUGGCGCAUCAUUACACCGGAUGGCGGCGACCAUGACGACGUGCUAGUCGCAACGGCGCGGGAGGCGGUGGGGUCAUAUCGCUACUUGGUGGAACAAUACAACCAUGUCCUAGAGUCCCGCGGAGAGCUUUUGUGGGUGUCAGCCCAGGUCGAGAUGUAUUAUGCCUGGGCCUAUGAAUUUCGUGUAUGCCCGCACUCCGUGUCGGUACACGUGCUAGAGGAGGAGGCGUCGGUGCCUAAGAAGACACGGUGGGUGAGAAAGGAAGGUCAUAGCUUGGCUGACCGCGUGUUGUUCUUGGGGUCGCCUAACAGCUUUGCCGUGGACGCCUCCCUGCUGGGCGGUCAUGGUGGAUGCGCCUACUUCAUCUAGCACAACGAUGGUAAGGAGUCGCUACGUAUGCAGUAUGGAGUGCUUAGGUACAACCUCGUCACUAAUAAGGCCGAGUUCAUUGAGCGGCUGCCUCUUGGAUGGGAUGGCAAGAAGUGCACCUGGCUCGUCCCCCUGCCCGACAAGGCUCCAAUUAAGAAAAUCACUAAGAAGUCAAAGAAGGCAUGUGCCAUCAAGCACCAGCAGCAGCUUACUAGUUCAACACCCUUCAUUCACAUUGAGAGACAUUACGAGCCUUGUUUCAAGGUGUUGGUUCGUAAUCUGCCUCUUACCGUGAAGAGCUCUCAGCUGCAAGUCUUCUUCAGCAACCACGGCAAAGUGUCUAGCGCCAAAGUAAUCUAUCACAAGAAGACCAAACGCUCCCAGGGUAUUGGUCACGUAACCAUGUCGACCAUGCAUGCCCAUCUAGACGAUGCUCUAGAUGCUCUUGAUGACCUGGUUCUGGAUGGUUGCCGUCUCGAUGUUAGCUUGGUCAAGAAGGGGCGGAGGCGGUGGCGGCAAUAAUUAGAUCAGAUUUGAUUUGGGAGAAUGACAC